UGGCUGUUUGGGGGGCUCUGUUUCCGUUUCCGGGACCAGAAUCCGGAAGUGGCCGUUGAGGGGCCUCUUCCUAUCUCCAGCUGCGGUGGUUGUGAGAGGAGGGCGAACGGUGAUGGCGGCGGUCGCAGCGAAUGUGGCGGCUGCGGCUGAAGACCGAGAGCCGCAGCGCGAAGCGGUGCCGGGCCUGGAGAGCCAGUGGCGCCAAAUCGAAAACAGCGAGAGUGGGCGAGAGCGUCCACUGCGUGCGGGCGAAAGCUGGUUCCUCGUGGAACAGCACUGGUACAAACGGUGGGAAGUGUACGUGCAGGGAGGAGACCAGGACUCCGGCACAUUCCCUGGCUGCAUCAAUAAUGCUGACCUCUUUGAAGACCAGGUAAACUGGCACCUCAAGAAGGGUCUAGUGGAAGGUGAGGACUAUGUGCUGCUCCCAGCGGCUGCUUGGCAUUACCUGGUCGACUGGUAUGGUCUAGAGCAUGGCCAGCCACCCAUUGAACGCAAGGUUGUGGAGCUGCCCAGCGUCCAGAAGGUGGAAGUGUACCCAGUAGAACUGCUGCUUGUCCGGCACAGUGAUAUGGACACACCUCACACUGCUCAAUUCAGCCAUACAGAUUCUGUUGACCUCGUUUUGCGCACCGCCCGAGAGCACUUCCUGGUGAGCCCUCAGGAAGAGACACGGCUGUGGAUCAAGAACGCAGAGGGCUCUUUCGAGAGGUUGUGCAACACACGUGUCACAGUGCUUGACGCUGCCCUCAAGACAGGGCAGGUGGUCAUUAUGGAGACCCGAAACAAGGAUGGCACUUGGCCCAGUGCCCAGCCACAGGCCGUGAACACUGCAUUGGAGGAGGAGGAGAAAUUCCAGGGCCAGCCAGGCAUCUGCGGUCUCACCAACCUGGGCAACACGUGCUUCAUGAACUCAGCCCUGCAGUGCCUCAGCAAUGUGCCACAGCUCACCGAGUACUUCCUCAAAAACCGCUACCUGGAAGAGCUCAACUUCUGCAACCCACUGGGCAUGAAGGGUGAGAUCGCAGAGGCCUACGCAGACCUGGUGAAGCAGGCCUGGUCCGGCCACCACCGGUCCAUUGUGCCUCAUGUGUUCAAGACCAAGGUUGGCCACUUUGCAUCCCAGUUUCUGGGCUACCAGCAGCAUGACUCACAGGAGCUGCUGUCGUUCCUCCUGGAUGGGCUACAUGAGGACCUCAAUCGUGUCAAGAAGAAGGAAUAUGUGGAGUUGUGUGAUGCUGCUGGACGGCCAGAUCAGGAGGUCGCUCAGGAGGCCUGGCAGAACCACAAACGGCGGAAUGAUUCUGUGAUUGUGGACACUUUCCAUGGUCUCUUCAAGUCCACGCUGGUGUGCCCUGAUUGCGGCAACGUAUCUGUGACCUUCGACCCUUUCUGCUACCUCAGUGUCCCACUGCCUGUCAGCCACAAGAGGGUCAUGGAGGUCUUCUUUGUCUCCAUGGAUCCUCGCCGCAAGCCGGAGCAGCACCGGCUCGUGGUCCCCAAGAAGGGCAAGAUCUCGGAUCUGUGUGUGGCUCUGGCCAAACACACUGGCAUGUCGCCAGAAAGGAUGAUGGUGGCUGAUGUCUUUAGCCACCGCUUCUAUAAGAUCUACCAGCUAGAGGAGUCUCUGAGCAGCAUCUUGGACCGCGAUGAUAUUUUCAUAUAUGAGGUGUCAGGCAGGUCUGCUAUUGGUGAAAACUCCAGGGAAGACGUUGUGCUUCCUAUCUACCUGCGAGAGCGCACCCCAGCCCGGGACUACAACAACUCCUACUAUGGCCUCAUGCUCUUUGGGCACCCUCUCCUGGUGUCGGUGCCCCGUGACCGGCUCUCCUGGGAUGCCCUCUAUCACAUCCUGCUGUACCGCCUCUCGCGCUAUGUGACCAGACCCAGCUCGGAUGACGAAGAUGACGGGGAUGAGAAAGCAGACAUAGAGGAUAAGGACAACAUCCCCAAACCAGGACACAUGGCUGGGGCCAGCUCCCAGGAUUCUGGGCCGGAGCAGGCGGGGCCCAGCUCUGGAGUCGCAGGCGGAAGCCGUGCCCCCGUGGACAACUCCCCUGGACCAUCUCACUGGCCCCAGAGGGCACGGCGCAAGCACCUGUUCACCCUGCAGACAGUGAACUCCAAUGGGACCAGCGACCGCUCAACCUUCAACGAGGAUACCCAUGGUGUCUCCUUCAGCUCCCAGCCGUACAUUGCCAUCGAUUGGGAACCAGAGAUGAAGAAGCGUUACUAUGACGAGGUGGAGGCCGAGGGCUACGUGAAACAUGACUGUGUUGGGUACGUGCUGAAGAAGGCUCCUGUGCGGCUGCAGGAGUGCAUUGAGCUCUUCACCACUGUCGAGACUCUGGAGAAGGAAAAUCCCUGGUACUGCCCCACCUGCAAGCAGCACCAGCUGGCCACCAAGAAGCUAGACCUGUGGAUGUUGCCCGAGACACUCAUCAUCCACCUGAAGCGCUUCUCCUAUACCAAGUUCUCCCGCGAGAAGCUGGACACCCUUGUGGAGUUUCCUAUCCGGGACCUGGACUUCUCCGAGUUUGUCAUCAAGCCACAGAAUGAGUCAGCUCCAGAGCUGUACAAAUAUGACCUCAUCGCAGUUUCCAAUCAUUACGGGGGCCUGCGUGAUGGACACUACACAACAUUUGCCUGCAACAAGGACAGCGGCCAGUGGCAUUACUUCGAUGACAACAGUGUCUCACCUGUAACUGAGAAUCAGAUCGAGUCCAAGGCAGCCUAUGUCCUCUUCUACCAACGCCAGGAUGUGGCGCGUCGCCUGCAACCCCAGCCCAGUUCAUCUGACCCCCCAGCAUCCCCUGCCUGCGGUUCCCCACCCAACUCUGAGUUCAUGGAUGUAAACUGAGGGGCUCUGGCCCUGCCACAGGGAAGGAAGCCAUCUCUGCUCUCUUCCUUCCCACAUCCAUCCACCCCCACCCUCGCCCUCCUACCCGCGUUAGGUGCCCCGUGCCAGGCAUUGCAGGCCUGAUUGUGGCUACUGUUCUGUGCUGCUUAUAUUGCUCUCUUCCGGGGAAGAGGAGGUUGUGUCUCCUCCCGGCAGUGUGUUCCCCGCCUGUGUUUGCCCCUUAGAGCAUUAAUCUUCCCUUCUCUUCUCUAUUUAUGGUUGUCCCCUUCCCUCUGUCCUCAACCUGGGGUGUUCUGAGGGGGUGGUGGUGGGGUGCACCUGAACACAGAGUGUAUUUUCUUAUCGAGACCCUGUACCUUCUGCUGUGUAUAUAUAAAGUGCCAGUGUGUUCCUUG